AUUCAUUCAACCUCGGGGACUCCGGGAAAGCAGCUGUUCGGGGGGGUUGCGUCGUGUGGGGUACUCCGUGUAGUUAUUCAAAAUUUUAAUGCGUUGACAAGUGUAGCUCCUUUGAGGUGGUUUUAUAACGAAAGUUAGUCGGCUGAACUGAGCAUCCUACAUCGACAAAAUGGCGGGGGACGGGCCUGACACCAACGAUAGCUACUCUUCAUUGGUGGGACUGGUGUACAUAUUCAACCUGAUCGUCGGCACGGGCGCGCUGACGAUGCCGGCGGCGUUCAAGGACGCGGGAUGGCUCCUGAGCCUCGUCAUCGUCAUCAUCCUCGCUUUCAUGAGCUACCUUACCACAACGUUUGUGAUAGAGGCGAUGGCCUCUGCAAACGCCUUGGUGCACUGGAAGACGCUGCAGCACUACAAGAGGGUUGUGGACGAGGACGAAAGCAGCAUCUCUCGCUCCAAGCAGGAGGACAUGGUGAAGGAGCUCAAGACGGAUGACCUCAUCUCCAAAUACCUGGACGAAGACGAAAGAGUUCCUCUCCUCCUGAGCAAUGCAGCCGAACGGAUGGCAGAAUCAUCCCACGUCGACUAUUUUGCCAUAACCGAACGCUUCGAAUUGGGGAAGAUGGCAUCAUUGUUCUUCGGCAAGAUUGGCAUCAACCUGUUCUAUGUGUGCAUAGCAGUGUACUUGUAUGGGGACCUGGCCAUCUACGGCGCUGCCGUGUCCAAGUCGCUGAGGGAUGUCGCCUGCAUGUCUACGUACCCGAUCACAAACUCAAGCAACGGGAGCAUUGCACCGGCCGACGUCCCGUGCUGGCCCGGCUCCCAAAUCUCGCGGGCAAAUGCCUACCGCAUUUUCUUGGUGGCUUUCCUGUGCCUGCUGGGGCCUUUCACCUUCUUCAAUGUCCAGAAGACGAAGUACCUGCAGCUGUUCACCACCCUCAUGCGCUGGAUCGCCUUCACGUCGAUGAUCGUGCUGUGUGCCUUGGUGUUGGGCCGGGGGGAGGGCCAGGGGCGUCCCCCGCUGGCGGCCCCCGUGGGCCUUCCCAACCUGUUUGGGGUGUGCGUGUACUCCUUCAUGUGCCACCACUCCCUGCCCUCCCUGGUCACCCCCUGGAAGGACAAGAGCCGCCUGUUCUCCCUCCUGGCCGCAGACUACCUGGUCAUCCUCGGCUUCUACACCCUGCUCAGCUUCACCGGCAUAUUCACCUUCCCGCAGCUGAACGACAUGUACACCCUCAACUUCCAGCCCGGAAAUAACACGGACAACAUCAUCCCGCACAUCCCGGUCCUGCAGUACUUUCUCUCCCUCUUCCCGGUGUUCACGCUGAGCACCAACUUCCCCAUCAUUGCCAUCACCCUCCGAAACAACCUCAAGGCGCUCUUCCUCCGCGACGACCAGCGUCCCCGGUCGCCGUCGGUGUCUUCCUCGACCCCGCCGUCCCGGUGCCACGGCGCCCUCGAAGGGCUCGUGCUUCCCCUCGUGGCGCUGCUCCCGCCAGUGGCGGUGGCGCUCGCCACCGAGAGCGUCGAGUUCCUCGUUGGCUUCACGGGGUCGUACGCCGGCGCAGUCAUCCAGUACGUGAUACCGGUGGCACUGGUGUACCGGGCGAGGAGGCAGGUGCUGGAGGCACUGGGCCUCGGCGUGAGGAACCAGCACGCGUCGCCGUUCCGCCACGGCGCGUGGCUCUGGUUUGUGCUUCUGUGGGCCGGUGCUUGUGUGACGCUGGUGACCGUGAACCACAUCGUGGUGAAGGCGUGAUUGUGGCGGCCGCCGAGGCGGUCCGGUCGUCGGCUUCUAGUACAGAGUGGUCUGGAACGGUCCGGUGUAGAAUGGCCUGCUCGUUGAGUUCUGUCUAGAAUGGUCCGGUCUAGAAUAAUCCGAUCUAGAAUGAUCUAUUUACAUUGGUCCGGUCGAGAACUCAAGUGUAGAACAACCUGGACAAAUUGUUCAAUGUAGAAUAGUCCAUUGAUUGACUUGGUCUAAAAUGAUCCAGAGUGAAAUGGUACGGUCUAGAACAGCCCAGUCUAGAAUGGUCCGGUCUAGAAUGAUUUCAUCUAUAAUGAUGCAGUCAAUAACAGUUUGGUUGAGAAUGGUCCGGUGUAGGACAAUUUGGGCUGGAACAGUUUGGUCUAGAAUGAUCCUGUCAUUGAGUUCGGUCUAGAUUGGUCGAGACUACAAUGACCCAGUCUAGAAUAGUCUGGUCUGGAACGGUCCGGUCUAAAACGAUCCAGUCACUGACUACUAAAAUGGUCCCAUCAGGGCUUGGGGUUACCUAAGGGAGGUUACUUGGUGAGAGUUAUGUACUUAAGUGGUGCAGACUCGGUCUGCUCUCUACUCCAGUGCUGGUCAUGCUGUGAGGUGACUCGGCAAAUGACUGUCGGCAUGCUGGAUUUAUUAGAAUGUAUCGCCGAGUUACAUAUCACACUUAAGUUGCAUCAGAAGUACCUGGCCGGGAGCUUUUAACUAGACGCAAUAACGCGAGGUUGUAAGGAAGUGCCUGUAAAGACCACAUUUGGGCGCGUUAUAGCGCACACCGCCACGGCAACUCUGCAAAAUACUCCGGCAAGAUUUUUUAAGACGGCGGCUCAGGGAUGCGUCGUUGGUGCAGCAACGUUCUGCGCGUUGCGUCUGGGAGGUUGGCGACUUCGUAGCAAUGGGACACUGCCAUACAAAACUUUUUCAGGAUUAGAGCGCCGGCAUGACAGAACUGAAACGUGCACGUACUACCUUCGCAACAUGGUGUCCUCAACAACUUUGGAUCGCCGGUCGAUUUGGGGUAGGGUUUAGUUCAGUGCACCAGGAACGCGAGUGGACCGCUUCGGUUUCCAGUCUUCCAUUAUGGUAACUCUGAUUUGGUUUACAUAAUUUUUCCCCAGUUUCUGGUUGGAUGCAAAGCCCUGGUCGCUUUACCUGCGAGAAGACAAUCGUUGCUCGGUUCCUUUUGCCAUACUCGGUGUGAAAUGUCGGUUUCAGGAGUGGUCGGAAUUUUGUGUGUGUUCAGGACGACCUUCGUAAGGGGUCGGUCGGCGUUCUCGGUGUAAGGUGUAACGGCGUCUUGCUGCCAUACUGUGGUGUGACUUGCACCGUAGGUGUGUGUGUGUGUGUGUGUGUGUGUGUGUCCUUGGGUUUGUGAAAAAAUACCUUUUUUUCAGAAGCCAGUUGUCAAUAGUAGGUUUUAGCAAAAUUGUGGCAGCUCAGAAGAAUUUGUUAACGGCCGAAUUGUAGAUAAGAUGCCCGAGCCGCCAGGAUGGGAUUUUUUUUUUUUUUUAAAUAACUUGACAAUAGCGUGCGACAUAGCACACGAGGCUUUGAGGAUUUAUCGGAAACGAGUCUGUACGUCUAUGAAAAGUUGCAUUCUCAACUGCUCGCAAACACUCAGAGAUUCAGAGCGACCGCAAGUGUGGUUGUCAUGUCAUCGCUAUCGGCUCUAAGGCAGACCAAGCCAAGUCGAACCGCUGUCACUAGCUGGAGCUUAUCAGUGUUUCUCUUUGAAAUGAAUGAUGACUCGGUAAUGGCGAGAGGAAGGGACCAAGUUCCGUCUGUGAAAACCGGCUUGGCACGUGCACUUUUGGGACCAAGGACAGCCUACCGCGAGAUGGGGCUUGAUUUCGGGCAUUGGGACGUGCGGUAAAAUUAUUUUCAAAACCUUUCCCAAGCUUUGAAUCUCUGUUGGUGUACAUUUGCAUAAAUCUAAAUUUUAAGGAGUAAAUGCUUCAACUGUGAAAGUAUGAGUACAGAAGUGCACAACUCCAUCUCUUUAAGGAGCUAUGGUUGUUUUGCUUUCUUUCCUGGCCCUGUGGUUCUGUCGGCAAUGACAUCCUUCCCAUUCCAAAAUUAGGUUUUAAAUGUGUGUGUUCUCUUUUCAUGUGCCCUUCUGCUGUGACCACGACUAUCUUGUGGUAGUAGGAGCAACUCAAAACUGCCACAUUUUUAAAUAAAAACAUAGGGACCGGAAUGUUUUUUUUUUAGUAAAUGAGGGAAGUAUUUUGUGUAGGUAUUUACGGGUGUGCACACGUUGCUGUGCAACAAACGAGUAUUGGAGAAACACUAUAGUUUUUGUCGGAGAGGUCUGGCCGAGUCUUUUUUGAGAUCUUUGAAGUUGAACGAAGGUUAUUGAUGAGAGUUUAGCAUAUUCUUGUACUGGAUAUCCUAGCCGUGCCUUUCACCAGGUUUACAUUUUAUCCAACGUCGGAAAUUCUGUAUUGCUCUUUUUAUGGAACUUUUUUUUGUUCCAUUAUUUUUAUUGUUUGCUUUGUAGGCCGAUGUCAAAAUGGAAUGUUCGAAGAGGCAAAAAACAUUUAAUAUGCCAGCAGGUUUUUAACUCUUUUUACAUUAAGAAAUAUUUUAAUGCAAUGACUGUGUAAAAUUCUAGUCUCUUUUUGGUUUAACUUUUUCUUGAAUAUUUUUUGUUUGCCUUCUCGCAAAGGAUGGGGUGGAGCCAAAUGCUUCUUGUGUUUUAUUUUACAUUGGCUUUGUUGUCUUCGUUUACGCUUAUUUUUUCGGGGUUGCCUUCAACCUUUAGAUGUCGGUUGAUUUUGUCGCCGUGUUUGUUGGAUGGUUCCUUAUAGUCGCGUAAAUCUGAAGGAAGCUUGUGGGGCUAAAUGCGAACCCCCUCAAACCAGUUUGCAUUUUUAUGUGACAAAGUUGAUGAAACGGUGACACAUUUUUUAAGAGCAAUGCCGAGACAACAGCCAAAAUAUGUAUACACCUUUUUAUUCUUCCAGUCGAUAAAAAGAAAUAAAAUAUGCCCCCCCCCCCCCCCCUUUAAGUGUUUACCUCCAUUGUCCUUGUGCACGUUAGACCGCAGUUCAGAUCUGAAAAGAGAUUAAAAUGGAAUAAAUCGAGAGCAAGUAAUCCUUACACCGCAAAUACUUCCAAUUCAGAAUAGCAUAAUUAAGAAUAUCACCCAUAGGUGGCAUCACUACUGAAACUUUUCACAAGGGCCACCUUUUAAAAAAAAAGUUAAGGAUGUUUCAAUAUCUCGAAGUGGGAAGGGUGUAUGACGAUUCCGCGCAGUACCGCCCAGGUGGGAAUAUAAAUGCGGCUCAUAGAUUGGACCCGAGCAUUGCGUGGGCACUCGAUUUGGGCUCGUAAUAAUUACUAGCUCGAGAAGCAUUCGGGUAGUGACCCGUGUCCAAUCGCUGCGUUGAUGACAAUAGCGGAGCCAUAACAAUGUCUGGAACUGAGCGCGUGUCCUGUGCCUCGCCAACCCCAUGCGCGUGGCUGUGAUCAACAAUGGCGGCAUAUUAUCGGCUCCAGAUCACGCGACCGCUUGUUCUGGCUGCAAGUUGAGGAGGGGAACGCUGCUCGUUUUUCUUUCAUUUUUUUAUGCGACUUCGAUCGCGUCUGGUGAAGAACGGGUGUUUCAGGCGACAAAUAUAAUAACUCCCGAGUUACAAGGCUUUGAAUAUGCCACCGGGUUGUCAUACGAUGUUUGGCAUUUUUUACCUCAGUAAACAGAAAAUAUGAAAGUAUUUUUCUUUGAACUAAAAAAUAGUCGGCGUGACAUAUGAGCACACGAAAAAUUACUGUUUUUUGUAUGUUUUUUUUUUCUUGUAUUCAUACUGACGUACAGAACUGGGCAGAAAAAUCACGGAGUAAAUGACAGAUUUCCACCCGAUUUUCAAGUGAGAAAGUGUUUCAAAAUAUUUGAAAAGCGGUUUUGUUUUUACAGAAAUAAAACAAUUGCAUAUUUUCUUCUUAAUUUUUUUUUUAAUUAAAGGCUUUCUUCGGCAAGCGUGUUCAAUUUCAAAUGAAACCACCCAAUUUUUCACCUUAAUAUAGCUCCUUCUGUGCACCUGUUCGCCGACGAUUGUGUCAUUUACCGACCCAUUCUUUCAUACCACGAUCAUCAUGCUCUCCAGGAAGACCUUGAGUGUGUAAUGCAUUGGUGUGAAAAAUGGCAAAUGACGUUAAACUUCAAUAAAUGUAGGCCCCUAUCAUUUUCCCACAGUUCGCGUGCUACACCAUUUUCGUAUUACCUCAGUAACACUCAAGUCAUAGCAUGCUCAUCAUAUAAAUUCCUGGUUGUUCAUCUCACCUAUGACCUACCAUGGACUACUCGCAUAACUUCUGUUAUUUCUGAUACUAACCGUUCUCUCAGAUACUUGCGCCGUAACUUCAAACUUGCUACACUCUCCGUAAAAUGGCUAGCGUAUACUACUCUUAUAAGAUCGAAGUUAGAAUACGCCUCAUCUAUAGGUCCCCAUGGCAGUCCUACCUUGCAAAUAAUCUAGAAUCCGUCCAAAACAGACCCCUUUGUUUUAUUUAUAACAACUGCUCACCAUAUACCAGCAUAUCAGGAUUACGCCAAUCAGCUAACCUUCAUUCACUUUCCCUUCGCCGCCGAGUAUCACGCCUUUCUCUCCUCCGUCGAAUUUUUUUAUCAUAAUAGCCACCUCAAAGAAUCACUGCUAUCACCCCCCCCCCCCCCCCCCCCCCAUUGUAUUUUCCCGUUUCUCACGAGACUUCCACACUACCAUUGGCCAUCGAGGAUUGGAAUUCACUACCUCAUAACAUAGUUUCUAUUAGGUAAUGAUACUACUAAAUUUGUUGAAGCCAUUACGCUCUCUUUAUCUAACCUACCUAGCUAUAGCUUGCAGUGGUACUGUUCUAUUUGUUUUUGUUCUAUUGCCACCCCCUUGUGUGAUGCUCCACGGGUCCUCAAGGAAAGUAAAUGAUGAUGAUGAUGACUGAAGGCACACACUCAAUACUAAAAAUUAGUGAUGGGCUGAACUUUUGCCGAAUCUUCGAUUUCGGCAAAGCCGAACUUUUGCCGAACUUUUCUAAAGAUUCAGCAAAAAUGCAUUGUUACCCGUCUUAACGUUGAUAUUUAGUUUUCUUCUGACGAACAAAAGUGCGCAGACAUUUGCCGAAUUUUCGCCGAAUCGUUGCCGAACUUUUCUUUAAAAGUUAGACGUGUGCCAAACUUUUCUUCAAAAGUUCGACAUGUGCCGAACCUUGCCGAAUCUGAAGCUCGGCAGAGUCGGUCCAUCACUGCCAAAAAUGGACUGAAAAUAAAACUCCCAAGUACAUUCACU